CAAAUGCAUCAUGAGUAGCUUCACUAUAGUUGUCAAGUUAUCAAAUGAUUAUUCAUUGGCAUUUAGGAGCUAACAAAAUGUCUGUAAUACAUCUAAUAGUUUAUUCGCUAUUACUUAUAAUCUCUGUAUGUUAUGGAUACACAUCAAACAAAAACACAAUGAAGUUUGAAACGGACAAUGACAGAAGAGUUGUACCAAAUGCAUUAUCAACUAUCAUCAAAAGAGUACCUUUUGUAGCUUGCGCCAGUUUAUGUUCAUUGAAUGAAUAUUGUUGCUUAUCAAGUUGUGAUAAGACCUACAAACAAUGUCAACUUGUACAUGAAUGCAACUCGGAGAUUCAGCCAUGGCAAAAUGGAAUUGUCAUUAGAAAAAAAAGAUAUGUAGGAUGUUAUACAGACUAUUGUCCAAAUCAUAGACGGAUACUGGGUGACAAGGCUAUGGUUAGGAUAUCUGACCUAAGCUCUGAAAAAUGUAACAUAUUAUGUCAAGGUUACCGAUAUUUUGGAAUUGAGAAUUCUCAUGAAUGCUUCUGUGGAAACAAUAUGGACACGAUAACAUUUCCAAAAACACCAGAAAGGGAAUGCAACAUGGCAUGUACUGGAGACAGGACCCAAAUGUGUGGUGGAUUUUGCAGAAUAUCAAUAUACUAUGUAUUACGGAAACAAUAGCGAUAUGUAACCAUAUGAUUAUCCACUGCAAAACUAUGCUUGUAAUUUCAAGAAGAAGAGAAAAAAAUACGCAUCAACUAACCAAUGAAUUUUGGAUCUAUGUAGAAAACGCAAUUACGUACUUAUUCUUUGUACUUAUACAUCCCGGCAUUGUGUUAUUGUUCUAUGAACUCGUAUUCUUGUCUGUUAUAUU